ACUCUUCGUCUCCGCUUCGCAUAUCGCUCAAACUGAAAUCUUUAAACCUUUCUUCGAAACUCGUCGCUCAAGCCGAAACUAUUUAAACUUUUCUCCGAAAUUCGUCUUUUCUGCAACUUCAAUGGCUCGCUCAACCGCAACUCCUAUCUCUUUCCUUCUAAUCUCACUCCUCUUUGUUUCUUCAAUGGCUCAAACUCCAGCUCCUGCUCCUGCUCAUUCAUCUGUGCCACCGUCCUCUUCCAAGACUCGGCCGGUGGCUGCGCCGUUUCCAUCGAAGAUUACGCCGGUGACUGCUCCUUCUCCUGUCGUCAUCACUUCACCGGCUCCUGCGACUUCUCCCUCGUCGAUCUCCUCCCCCCCGUCUGAAGCUCCUGCUCCAGCUGAGAACGCUGCCGUUUUCAAUAGAUUCGCUGUUGCUGGAUCUUUGACUGUUGGAUUAUUCGCAGCCGUUUUGAUUAUUUUUUCUACCCAAAAUAUUCUGUGCUUCUUCGUCGUGAGCGAGCUUUUCUCUGCAACAAUGGCUGGCUCAGCCACUGCCCUCUUCACUCUCAUGCCACUUGUCUUUGCCCUUUCAGCAAUGGCUCAGUCUCCUUCACCUUCACCUUCUCUUUCAAGAUCGCCACCCUUGAUUUCACCACCACCGGCUCCAGUCUCUUCUCCCUUUAAGCCACCACCAGCGUCUGCACCAACUCCGAGCAAGACUCCAUCAAUUUCGUCUCCUUCUCCGACCACCGUGACAACGUCACCUCCUGUGCCACCUCCGUCUUCUCCUUUGACUCCUUUUACUCCAUCCGUGAUUUCAACCCCACCAGUCGGCGCUCCUGCCCCGUCUGCAAAUGCAGCCGUUUUUCACCGGUUUUCCGUCGGCGGAUCGGUGGCUGCCGGGGUGCUUGCGGCUGUUUUGGUGAUGUAGAAUGUUGGGUUGCAGUUACUUUUGACUACUGUUGUCAUAUUCUUAAUGUUAUUGUUCCUGUUAUUGCA